UAAAUUACCGCGUCAGCCGGUAGUGCGGAGUUAGCACGUCUCCGAGUAGAGGGCAGCUUGCGGAGUCACCGCCCCGCCGUGUGUGUGAGUAAUGCAUUCCUCAUCACAGCCUCAGGAUGUUCAAGUUAGUGCUACUGCUCCUGACACUGUCAGGCCUCCAAGCUGUCCCAAUCAAAACCCCCAGAGGUUUGCAGAAGUCAUCAAGUGAUGUCCAUCAAUCUGUUCCUGAUGGCUUUAGACAAGCCGAUGCUGAUGUUCCGGUCCAAAGGAGUGGUGGUAGUUGGGUCCGUGUGGAAAAUCCUUCUCAUCUCCCAGAUGGUUUCAGACAGGGAACUGAACCCUCUAUGAAACUCAGAGAUGGCUUCAGGCAGGGAACCGAACCCUUUUUGAAACUGAGAGAUGGCUUCAGGCAGGGAACCGAACCCUUUAUGAAACUCAGAGAUGGCUUCAGGCAGGGAACCGAACCCUUUAUGAAACUCAGAGAUGGCUUCAGGCAGGGAACCGAACCCUUUAUGAAACUCAGAGAUGGCUUCAGACAGGGAACCGAACCCUUUUUGAAACUCAGAGAUGGCUUCAGACAGGGAACCGAACCCUUUAUGAAACUCAGAGAUGGCUUCAGACAGGGAACCGAACCCUUUAUGAAACUCCAAGAUGGCUUCAGACAGGGAACGGAACCCUUUAUGAAACUCCAAGAUGGUUUCAGGCAGGGAACCGAACCCUUUAUGCCUCUCCGAGAUGGCUUCAGACAGGGAACCGAACCAUUUCUGCCUCUCCAAAGAGGCUUCAGACAGGGAACCGAGCCCUAUUACAGCUUCAUCCAAAGAGCAAAAGUAGCAUGUCAGGGGGAGAUUAUCAACAACAAGUGCUAUGAGUUCAACCCUACACCGCUGUCCUUCAAGGAUGCUCAGGCCAAAUGCAGAACUCUUGCCCCACAUGCCGAGCUUGCUUCUGUAACCAGUGGUGAUCUGCAUUCCGAUCUGAUUUCCCUGGUGACCAAGGGUGGUAAGAAGAGCCCUGUGCUAACCUGGCUGGGAGCCACAGUCAAGAACCAAGAGGCGUCAUGGGUGGAUGGAUCAGAGUGGGGUUUUAGCGACUGGACGCCAGGUCACCCUAACAUUCACACUGACAAACCUGUCUGUGUGGAGAUGUUCGAGCUAGACAACAGCCGGUGGACUACUGCCAACUGUGAUCUGAAGAGAGCGUCCAUCUGUACGUACAUGAUUCCUACGUAAGAAAAAUUGCAAAGAAGCAACGUGAGACGGGCUCGCGGGUAUCAUUUCCUACGAUACCUUUGUGUCCCCUGUCACAAGCUCUGAUUGCGGAUUCUUGAAUAAAAACACAGCAUAUUA